AUGGCCAAGGCCUUAAAUACCCCACACUCGGGGCCUCUGGGCCUUGCAAAGCCCCUCAUUUUGGCAGAAAUUACAAUGUCGACCAGCCGUAAAGCAAACAGCCAUGGCAUGAGGAGGGGCAAGAGCCGAGCUCCUCACAAGGGAGUCAAGAGAGGUGGCAACAAGAGAAAAUACCAGAAGGGCAGCCUGAAGAAUAGAAAGCGAGAUGAUGGUGAGUGAGGGAUGAGCAGGCAAACGUGGGGGAGCUGGAUGUCCCAGGCCGCCCCCAUUGGAGUUAACUCUCACAGGAGCCUGACACUCAGCCUGAGGACUUCAUUUCUGAUUACAUUCACGUGUGGGCAGCAAGAGGCUGGAUGGGUGUGUUCUAACUGGUGUCCCCGUUGCAAAUAUGUCCUUCCCCCACAGGCAAAUGCCAUUACCGCUCCCACUUGUGAUCCCACCCACGGGCUCUGCUGUGCUGGGCUUCAAACCACACCAGGCAGCCAAGAGCGCAGAAUGGGAGUACCAAAGAGAUGUGAAGUCAGAUCAAUGCCAGAGAAGACCCUAUCCUGAGGGUAAAAUCCAACUGUAAUGAAAUGAGGAAUGUAUAUGUUGGUUGUUUCUCCCCAACAUCUCAAUAAAAUUUUGGAAACUGAAAAAAAAAAAAAGAAAUCAGCACUCCACAUUUUCUGUGAGUUUAAUUUAUAGAAAAUGAUUUCAUAUUCUUCCUCUGCCUUUUUAAUAUAAAGAAAUUAUUUGUGAUGAGAGCUACUUAAUAGAAGAGGGAAUAAUAAGGACUCAAUUAAAAAUAUAUAGAUAAUAAGUAUAUGUACUUAAUUAAUAACUUUGGAAAGGUACUAUAUAUAAGGUCUACAAAGACAAGUAAUUAGCACAGGAAACAGACCUUUAUUCUAUCUGUGUAGCAUUAAAAAAGACAUGCUGACAAAAGCUAUAGCACUAACAACUUCAAAAACGUGUCAACUGAUUUAUUUCAACCUCAGUUCCCUUCCUUAAUGACAAUUCUGAUACCACAGAAAAUUUCAGAGGGUCAGGUCUGCUGAGUUAUCACUUUUUCAGUGAUGUCUCUCCUGACCACCCUAUUUACCAUUUUGCAACUGCACUCCCAGUCACUUUUCCUAUGCUCAACCCUCAUUCCCACCCCCAUGGCACUUAACAUUUUCUAACUUACUUAUAAAUACUCAUUUUUUAUUCUGCCUCCACCCCCAACACACACUAAAAUGUUAGUUCCACAAGGGCAGGGAUUUUUGUUUUGUAUUCUGAUGAAGCCUGAACAUCCUUAAUAGUGUCUAACAAAUGGCAGGCACUCAACAAAUAAUUACUGAAUGACUGAAUGAGUCUAUAAAACAGAUAAGAGCAACAAGCAUAUUAAUAUGCCACUUAAAAGAUUAAUUCUCAGAUCAGAUUGAGAACAUUCCUGAGUAAUGGUUAAAUAUCCCACCACUUCAGAUUACUCAGCUCAC